CUUCCUGUCAGAGUGCGCUGCGCAGGAGGAGAGGAGCAAGGGGAGGAGAAGAGGAGAGCCGUUUGUGUUGUCAGUUCUGGGGAGGGGGGGCUGUCCUCGGAGCUGCGUGAAAGAUUCCUGUCUGCUUAUCCUGCCUGCUGCAGCCAAGCAGGUCUAUACGGAGGGUUGCUCUUCUCGCAGGUACACAGCCUAGUGGUUCCUCGGGGUUUUCUUAACCAGUGUCUGCGGAUGAAGAAGCCGGACGCCCUGUAGUGUACUCAGUCGGGCUACACCGAACCAAAAGGGAAUUGUGGCAACCAAGGCGAAGUAGCUCGCGGUUUGUCAGCUUUCAGAAGAAUCCGGCGCUUCUCGCGAUCGUUUUUGUUGGUUGUUGUUGCAAUUCUUCUUGGUUUGGGAGGAAAGAAAACAAGAAGGAAACAGGGCAGCGGAGGACAGAGAAGGAAAACAGACGAGGGAGCUAAAUGAUGAACAGGUUCCGAAAGUGGCUGUAUAAACCCAAGAGAUCAGACCCACAGCUCCUGGCUCAGUUCUACUAUGCUGAUGAGGAGCUCAACCAGGUGGCAGCGGAACUGGACAGCUUGGAUGGCAGAAAGGAUCCGCAAAGGUGCACAUUGCUUGUCAACCAGUUCAGAUCAUGUCAGGACAAUGUAUUAAACAUCAUUAACCAAAUAAUGGAGGAAUGUAUACCGAAUGAAAGAGCAAACCGGGACUUUUGUGUAAAGUUUCCUGAAGAAAUAAGGCACGACAACCUCGCAGGACAGCUAUGGUUUGGGGCAGAGUGUUUAGCAGCAGGCUCAAUUAUCAUGAACCGAGAGAUUGAGUCCAUGGCAAUGCGUCCUCUAGCCAAAGACUUGACCCGCAGUCUGGAAGAAGUGAGAAACAUCAUUCGCGACCAGUCACUGCGGGACCUUAGCAUCUACACUGACAGAAUGAAGGAGACACUCAAACAGUUUGACAACCUGUUUGCAGAGUUUGAGCUCAGUUACGUUUCUGCUAUGGUGCCAGUGAAAUCACCCAAAGAGUACUAUGUACAACAGGAAGUAAUAGUACUCUUCUGUGAAACUGUAGAAAGGGCAUUAAAGCUUGGAUACCUCACACAAGACAUGAUAGAUGACUAUGAACCUGCACUAAUGUUUACAAUUCCAAGGCUCGCUAUUGUUUGUGGGCUUGUAGUCUACUCUGAAGGACCACUGAACCUAGACCGAAAGCCUGAGGAUAUGUCAGAACUUUUUAGGCCUUUUCGCACUUUACUAAGAAAAAUCAGGGAUUUGCUUCAGACACUGACAGAUGAGGAGUUGUAUACCCUGGAGCGCAACCUGUGCAUCUCACAAGAUGGAGAAUUUCCAGCUGUACAGCCCCUCCCUGAGGUAGAACCGCCUCCACCACCUCUUCCCAAUGCUCCCCCACUUCCAACCAGCUUAGAGAGCUCUCCAGAACUCAAAAAAACUCCAGUGUUUAUGCAGGAUCUUGACAGAGAAGCUGGAAACAAGCCACUCUCUGAAAAGGCUGAUAACACGGAAGCUGAACUGGCUUGCUCCAUGCAAUAUGAUGAACAGGAGUUGGAGCAGCUCAACAUGAUGGUUCACCGUGUGGGAGAUGAGAUGUCAAGUUUACUUUCUCCACCUAGUGUCUGCCAGUCUCCAGCCCAUCAGGGUGGAAGACAGGGCAUUUCCAGCACUGAGGCCUCUCCAGUUAGAAGACUAAGGCCUGGCUCUGAUAAUGAUGAGGAAGAGGAAGACCGUGUCUUCUUUAUGGAUGAUAUAGAUGGGGCUGGGGAGGCCUUUGCCAAGUUGGAUGAUUCCCUUACGUAUGCAUGGAUAAUGGAUCGGGCCAACCAAAGUGCAAACAAUCCUAAUUUUGUGGACCAAAUGGAAGCUGAGGCUGGCAUAGUUGUUGAAAAUGGCUUGACUGUGUCGUCACUAGAUGAUUCUGCAUUCUCCCAAAGCAAUAUAAAAAGUGAUUGUGCAGAGUCUUCAGUUAUAUCUGCAACAGUAGAUACCUCUAGUGGUGUGGAGAUUUCCAAUUCUUCCUUAGAUGUGACAGAAUCACAGCCGUACCUCAAUGGAUGGGAAGUAGGCACAGAAGAUGCUGAAACAGCAGAAAUGAUUGCUCACAGGACAGGUGGAAUGAAGCUUUCUGCCACAGUAAUCUUUAAUCCUAAAUCUCCAACACUCUCUGAUGUGACAAUGGAGGCCACUGUGGAUAAACUUCAGUUGCUUCCUCCAACGACAGUUUGUUUGCCUUCCAAUCAGGAUUCGGAUAGUGUGCUUCCUUUAGAGGAACCACGCAAGUUGGGAGGCUUAGCAGCCACAAACUGUUUGAUAAAUUCAUGUGUGUGUUGUGGGAGUUGUGAAGAUGGCAGGGAGGAAAACAUGGAGGCAUCAGGUGAUAACAGUAGAAAGCUGCCUGCCACAAUAAUCAACACCUCGUGUGGCCUAGUUCUAGGUAAAGAAAUAGAUCUGCUAGAUAAUAAAGGAGACUCAAACCAGCAUGCCCAGGAAAACGUAAGAACUGAUUCCACUGGCCAAAGGGAUGUUAUCAAUGACCAAAAAAGCCCAAAAUGUGUCAAGUGCCUGACCCAAAACUCAGGGACUGAGGCUGCCUUUGAAAAUGGUUUACCUGGGGCAUCAGCAGCAUGUAAUCACCAGAGACGCAAUGAGCGACGGAGGCAAUCAAGUGAUAGUAAAGAAAAGAAAUCAGAAACCUGUGACAGACUAGAUGGAAAAGAGAAAGAUGCAGAGGAAGAUAGAUGUGCCAGAUCCAUGUCAAGUUCUCAAGAUGGAUUUCAGGAUUCCCCAUUCAGCUCCAUCUCCAGCAGUGACUGUGAGAGUGUAUCUGUCACUACAUGUAGUCUGUCCAGCGCAUACACACCAAGUCCCAUUGAUAGCAUAACAACCAGUUCAAGCACAUCAGAAGACAUUGAUCAUCAGGAAAUCCAGCUAGCUCUGCAGGCAGCAAAGAUAGCAGCAAGAGAGAAGAUUCGUUCCCGGUUCCAUGGAAGCAGUGAUCUCAUCCAUAGGCUAUUUGUCUGUAUCUCUGGUGUUGCUGAUCAGCUGCAGACAAACUAUGCCAGUGACUUGAGAAGUAUCUUGAAGACAUUAUUUGAAGUAAUGGCAACAAAACCAGAGGUGGAAGAUAAGGAGAAGCAGAAGAAAGGUCAGGGACUGAGAAAUCCAGUGCUUGAGGACUGUGCACUUUGUCAAGAAAGCAUUUCGUCUUCAGAGAUUGCUGCCAAGGCAAGAGAUGGUGAUUUUGAAGAUCCUCCAGAUUGGGUUCCAGAUGAAGCAUGUAGCUACUGCACUGCCUGUAAGGCCCCUUUUACUGUCAUACGCCGGAAGCACCACUGCAGGAGCUGUGGCAAGAUCUUUUGCUCACGUUGUUCCUCCCACUCUGCUCCUUUACCACGGUAUGGCCAGGUGAAGCCUGUGAGGGUGUGUACGCACUGUUAUAUGUUUCACGUCACUCCGUUCUACAGUGACAAAGCAGCAAUCUGACAGCCAACACCUCAUAAACACUGGCACAGACUGAAGCUAUGCCUGUUUUACCAAAUGAGUACUCUUGAUGAAGACAAUAAUAGCAAUUACACUCAAAAACGUUACCUGUGGACCCUCAAUAAUCAAGGCAUGAGAGGCUGUGAUCGCCUCCAGUGUUACAUCUCUUUUGCUAUUUUUUUUUUUAUUUUUUAUUAAACACAUAAAUGAGCAUAUGAAGAAAGACGUGUUUAAAAAGAAGCUGCUAAAAGGGAAGCACUGCAUUUUUCAGCCACAUGGCUAUGGCAGAGUUUUCUCCAGGUUUUUGUUGUCAUUCAUUAUUGUUAUAACUAUUAAUAAAUAGAAACAAAGCACUAAUUCUGCUUCAGAAGGAAAGAGGGCUCUGAAAGUCACAAGCAAAAUCUCAAUAAUUCCUGCUACUGGCCCUGAACCAGGUGGAUGGCUUACAUGUACAAGGUCUUUAGCUUAUAAAUAAUACUUUGGGAACCAGCAACAUUGAGGUGUGCAGGAGAAAACGUGGUCUUUAGAGAAUAUUACAUGCUAGUCUUUUGGGGGGGUCCUGGUUUUUCUUUCUGAUACCACUUAAUAAGGUUUGCUGCUAGGACUUACUGUGUGUUAAUACUGACACCUGCUGGAGAAACUGGAAGAAUCAGCUUGCCAUUCAGAAAUAUCCUGCUCUCUUCAACAGAGCCUCCCGGCCUCUUUCAGAAGUCUCCUUAAGGCGACCACCUUGGUUUCCCUUACUCCUCGGUUCUUCCUUGCCGAAGAUAAAAGUUGACUUUUUUCAUCUUUUUUUUCCAUCUCUGCUGUGCUCAACGUUUUCACAAAGUGUCCUCUCAUUGACUUGUUUACUUCUUUCAGCUUAAUGAUAUGAAAUGGCUAAACGAUAAUAGCAAGCAAUCCUCAGAGAAAUCAUAUGCAGGGAAGUUUUAGAAGGGCUGCCACCUUUAAAUCUGGACAUUACUUGUACAAUCGGCCUUUGAGCCUGCUAUACACCCAGGAAUUUUUAUUUUUUGUUUUUUUCUGAAAGGCCACUUCAUACUCAUCAAGAUGAACACUUCCUGUGGAUGCCUUGGACAGUGUUAAUGUAACAUCAGAUUGAUUGCCUUCCUUACCCAAUAAACAAAUGAACAAUUGCCUGCUAGCCAGGAGCUCCCCAUGGUGUGAGGUUAAUCAUAUCUUUAUCUUUUCUCUUGGACCACAGGGCUUAUCAUUCAGCAGAUUCAAAUGUGCAAAAAAAAAAAACAAGUAUAAGCAUGACAUUUUAAAACCCAGGAAUGAUUCCAAAUCAACCUCACCAUGUCUAAGUUCUCGUAUUGCCUGUUGUGUAUGAGACACACAGCAUCAUUUCCAUAGAUUAAAAUAAAAGAAUAUACUGUAAUAAAGAAACAAAUCCUAAUUCAUGAGGG